AUGAGUGUGAAUGUAUCUAGUAGAAUAUAUUCCGUGGCUCGAAUUUAUGCCGAUGCCAAUGAAAGGAAACCAACCGAAUAUUGGGAUUAUGAAAACCAUAAAAUUCAAUGGGGCAAUAUAAAGAAUUAUGAAAUAAUUAGUAAGAUAGGAAGAGGGAAAUAUUCAGAAGUAUUUGAAGGAUUAAAUGUACUCAAUGAAGAAGGAUGUGUGAUAAAAGUUUUAAAACCUGUAAAAAUGAAAAAGAUUUAUAGAGAAGUUAAAAUAUUAAAGAAUUUAACCGGGGGACCAAAUAUUAUUGGAUUAUUAGACAUUGUUAAAGAUGAUCAAAGUAAAAUUCCAGCAUUAAUCUUCGAAAGAGUGAGUAAUGUGGAUUUCAGAAUUUUAUAUCCUAAAUUUUCAAUCAAAGAUAUUCAAUAUUAUUUGAGUCAAUUAUUAAUUGCUUUAGAUUAUUCUCAUUCAAUGGGGAUUAUACAUAGAGAUGUUAAACCUCAAAAUAUAAUGAUUGAUCCAUUAAAUAAGAAAUUAAGAUUAAUUGAUUGGGGAUUAGCUGAAUUUUAUCAUCAAGGAAUGGAUUAUAAUGUUAGAGUUGCAUCAAGAUAUCAUAAAGGACCUGAAUUAUUAAUCAAUUUACAACAAUAUGACUAUUCAUUGGACUUGUGGUCAGUGGGAUGUAUAUUAGCAGCGAUUAUUUUCAAGAAAGAACCUUUUUUCCGUGGUGAUUCUAAUAAUGAUCAAUUAGUACAAAUUGCAAGAGUUUUGGGUACUGAAAAUUUAAUGAAAUAUGUGAAUAAGUAUGGUAUCAAAUUAAGUCAUGAAUAUGACGAUAUUUUAGGAAAUUAUUCCAGAAAACCAUGGACUUCUUUUAUUAAUAAAGAUAAUGAACAUUUGAUAAGUGAAGAAGUUGUCGAUCUUAUUGACAAAUUAUUAACUUUCGAUCACCAAUUAAGACCAACUGCCCAAGAAACCUUGAGUCAUCCCUUUUUUAAAAUUUAA